UGUGAGGUAUCAGAAUCGGAUUAUGGAUCGGAUUAUGUCAGCAAGCAUAGCCGAACCAGAAGAAGAAGCUAGUAAGAGCCGAGGAGUUACAACAUACGCUGAAUCAGAAGAGAAAGAGCCAGUAAGAGCCGAGGAAUUACAGCAGUCGACUAGAUUCAAAGAGAGACUGAGAAAACAUUAGAAAUAAUAUAUAAAGAGAGAAUCCUGCGAAGAAGAUUCUUUCAAGAGGAGGUUUAGAAAAGGAUUAAGCAAUUAAUACAAGCCCAAGUUUACCUUAAGG